CACUUGCAACCCAACAAUCUGUUAGGCUGUGCCGGGGGAGGGGAGGUGUGGGUAGAUCUUUGUCUCUGUAUUCUCGGUAAUGGGUGGAGUUGGGAGAGGUUUGCAGGAUCGGUUCUGCCAAGCGCGACUGUAAUAACCCCGGCUUGGAAUUUAGGAAAUCAUUAAUUUGCCUUUGGCACGUUGCGCCCGUGCGCAUCCCCCCACGCACGGUGAGUGGUCGCUCUCUCUCUCCAGACGGAAAUUCCACCGUAACUUGCACCUCUCCCAAAGGGUCAAUCAAGCGAUCUUCAUGCCAGCCGUGCUCAUCGGAGGUGCGGGGGAAGGACAAGGACAUUGGAUGCGGAGCUCAUCGGAGGUGGGCACCGGUGAAACUUGACCUCGGGGUCUCCACGAGGUCCAGCGAAGAAGCCUCUCCUCCUCAUCUCCUCCUCGUCUCACUAUCGCCACGAGAGCUCCUCACCGAGGGUUGAGUGGAGGUGGACUAGAGCGUGGAUUAUAGGCGGGCUUCGGGGAUCCAUUCGGUCGUGGGAGGCUGAAUGACCUCUGUGUAUCUCACCGAUCAAGGGACGGACAGAGGAUUGAGUGCGGGUUGAGUGGAGGACGGGAGGCGGACGGACCCGAGGUGAAAUGGGAGCAGGGAGCUCGACCUCCCGAACCAGGGUCCGUCGCAUCGCCGUAUCCCAGCUCCCCCCAGCGGCAGCAACUGGGGACCCCGCUACGACCCCGGCGACCCUCAAAACGGGACCCUUCGAACGCAACCGCGUCCCCUUUUCGCCCGGCCACGCCGCCGCCGCCGCCGCCGCGGGGGUCCGCCCGUCCGGGGUGUCAGCGGCGUGGGGGUCUCCUGGGGUACCAGCCGGGGACCCCCGAGCCGAGCUGCCCAGGGUUAGGGCUCCCCGAGGGAUGGAGGGGACCACGCGACACGCGGGCCCCCGAUCUCUGCCAUCUUUGCCCCGACUGCUCCCGCGAAGCUUUGGUGCAGUGGUAGCGAUUGCUCCGGCUGGCGAAACCUCCACAAAAGCUUGCAGCAGCAGCAGCAGCAUCAUUCACGCUCACCCGCCUCGCCUCGUCCGGCGACUUCAGGAGCCGCUGCCCUCGGCCUCGAGCUCCACGCCACACGAGGCCCCGAGCAGGCAGGGUCAACGCGCCCCCAUCUCCAAUCUCGGCGGCCUCGUGACCCGGGUCCCAGAUGACGCAGGGGUCGCAGGGGUCGCAGGGGUCGGACUCCACGGCGUCCCGAUCCGUGAACUCCAAAGCUCCGAUGACAGCGAGCUGGACUCCUGGACAAGUAAGCACGGUGCGACGAGGAGGGCUACGACGAUGACGAGCAGGAGAAGGAGGAAGAGGAUGAGGACGAGACGAUACGGGCAGGGCGAAGGCACGGAGGAGCGAGGGACGGGACGAGGCCUGGUGAGGACCCACGCGGAGGAGAUCCCGAUGAUCGACGCCUUCUUUGAUCAGCCCCUACCGGCGCUCACGUAGGGGCCGCUGGGCGCAAGCGGUGGCAAGAUGUUACCUACCUCGCCUGGUAUACAGGAGGUCGUGGGUACGAUCCUGACCCCGACGAUGCUUGUAUAUUUGGAGUUUGCAUGUGUGGAUUUUUCUCCGGGUCCUCCGGUUUUUCCCUCAAUAUUUAGGAUCAACCGUGCGUUUCCAGUAUUUGGCUGAUUUAAAUUUCCACAUGACGAUAAGACACUUUGUAAGAGCUAUCACUUGUGAUGGCCAGAUCGCGUUUGAAA